AUGCGUCGAUUUUGGGGCUUCGUUCACAGAUACCUGCGGCUAUUUUCGUUGUCGUAUUGUAGGUGGUUUGGGGUGCCCUACGACAAUCAAAUAGCACAACUUCCCUUCGGAUUGAUCCUGAAAUGGUCCGACGGUACUAGGCUUGAGGAAGUGUUGACAAUGCAAGUUGCAAGAAACGCGGGCCUCCCAGUUCCGAAAGUGAUUUGUUAUGAAGAACACCCGGAUUGCCCUCAUGCUGCAUAUUCAAUUCUUAUGACACGUGUCUCCGGCAAGGAAUUGGGCCAAGUUUACGAUAGCCUGAGUGACGAAGAUCGAACGCUGAUAUUUACGCAGCUAAAAUCGUUUUUGGAGACCAUGCGGCAAUGGAAGAGCCCAUGGGGUGAGAAUAGAAUUUGCUCUUUAAUUGGUAGCUCUAUUAGAAGUGUUCGUAUACCCAAACAUUCCGCUGGGCCCUUUGAGUUGGAGGCUGAAUUUAAUGAAUAUCUUAUAAAACCUGCCUGGGCCGGCAGUUUUUCCUCGGAAGCAGCAUACAAUGACACUCUUAAUCGAGCCCAGCAGAUGGAAAAACUAUCUCCUCACCGGAUUGUGUUUACACAUGGAGAUUUGAAACACCAUAACAUUAUGGUGCAAGAUGGGAAGAUCACAGGAUUUCUCGAUUGGGAAUCGGCGGGAUGGUAUCCUGAAUAUUGGGACUUUACUACAGCUUUUGGUAUUACGAGGAAAACAUUUUGGUGGUAUGAUUUUGUGAAACGACUCGGUGGGACCUUAUAUUUAAAGGAGUUGGAAUGUGAACAUGCACUCUUCUCCCUCACAAGCAGCUCGUAUUACUGGUGA